AUGCAAUAUGACAUGAAACUACUUCUACACAAGUGUUGCACAAAGUUUGACUGCGAACUGCUGGCCAAGAAUCAGAGUCGAAACCUUCGCAUACACUCAGCCUCGUUGAACAAGUCGUCGAUAAUAAACGGUAUAAACAAUAGUAAUAAUAAUGACAUUCAAAAACACAAAUACAAUAACAAUGAUAUGAAUUGCUCGACAAAGAGCGACGAUUAUGUCUGCUCUUCCAAUACACUCACCAUAACCUAUUGUAGUACUAUUAUCAUGAAUUAUAAAUUGUUUGUUCAUAUGAUAUACACAUUCAGUAUAUAUCGUCUAUUUGUCGAAAUUCUUGUGGUCGUAUAG